AUGGCGGAACCUGACCACUUACAAAUACCGUCAGUCACGAACCAUAGUGCAACACCUAAGAGGGGGCACCGUCAUAAAAGAUCCUUCGCCAUAUCCGAAGACUUCGAUUUUAUCAAACAACCAAAUGGUACUCCACAGGACUUGACAGAAUGUUUUUCCGCUUCUCCUACAAGAAAUAAUAACUUGAGUCCUCGUUUUUUUGUCAGUGAAGAACCCACAUUCUCUCGUGGAGUCCCUGAUGCCAUUAUUGACCUAGAUGAUGCUCUUACAACCAAACCCCGGUCAUUUAAGUCACAUAGGAGAACAGAAUCAGCACCAGCAGAUCUCAACUUACCCUUUAGAGGAAGUUCUCCAAGACGUGACUUCAGCAUUGAAGAGGAGGAAUCCGAGAGCGAAUGCGAUGAACAGAGGCAACAGGUUCUUCUAUCACCGUUACGAACAAAGUCAGAAUCGCCUUUGGUAGACGGUACUACACCUUAUUCCCCCUUAGCUAACCGUGCUUGCCAAAUGAAAAAUAAUUCCCUUAAAAUUCACAAGCAGAAAGAGCGAUACUACAAUUAUGCCAAACAAAUCCCUGCAACUUCCCCUCAAGGACCUAAUCGCUCAAGCUCACAACAAACAUCUUUAUCAUCAAUGUCAUCGGAUCAGAAUUCAAAUACCACUACACCACCAGGUGUUGCAUCUACCCCCAACACUCCAAUUUUUUCGACGAUGAAGUUUUCACCAAGACCUUGUAGCCCUAACAAAUCUUUUCGUUUUGAAAGUCAACCAUAUGACCUUCCUUCUCACACCAGUCCCACGACGAAUGGAACUCUUGGUGACAAUGACGAUAAUACCUUGAAAGCUGUGGAUUCUGAAUAUCAACACAAUACCCUAUAUAGAAGAUCGAAAAGUGUUACUGAUUGUUCUAAACCGGAGAUUAACAUUCCCAAGGAGAUUCUCAUGGGGGAGCCUGGCGACAUGACAGAUUUAUCUUCAACCUCUGAACCUUCCCAGAAGCAUGUAACUAUUAGCAAGCCUGUCGAACACAAGAAGGUUGAUUCUUUCGCGUCUAAAAAGUCUACAGAAACGAGAAGUGUGAGUGACAGUGUCGUUGGUACAAGCAAAAGUAUUGCAUCACGCGAGAAGAGAAGAAGCAGAUUCAAUAUACUCUCCACACUCUUCUCAAAACUCAAAAGUCAACGUUGA